AUGUUGCCUGCCCAGGACGCUGCUCCUGCAUCCCCUCAAGCGCCCGCCGUCGAGGCUGUCGAAGCCUCACCGGCCAAGGCCGCUGCUGCUCCCGCGGAGACACCAGAGGAGGCGAAAGUUGAGAAGAAGGAAAAGUCCCCCAAAGACUUGGCCAAGCUGGCCCAACGGUUCAGCGGCCGCUUGUUCGGCGCUGUCGGCGAGAAGAAGAAAGAGCCCACAAAGAAGCCCGAGCCCACACAGGAAGAAGAGGCCGAAUCGGCAGCCCCCGCUGAGCCCGUGCCCGUCUCCGACGCCGCCCCACAGAUUCCUGCCCACACUACGCCCGAGGUCUCGCAGGCGGCCACCGAGCCCGCCCCUGUGAUCGCAGCCGCCGCAUGA